AUGGGUUGACAGAAUAUAAUAUUAAGCAAUUAAAAUUAAAUAAUAAAUAUAUCAGGCAUGUCGCAGUUUUAGAAAAUACAGUAUUCUAUUUAAUAAGUUACUGUAAUUAAAAAUAAUACUGUUUAAUUUGUUUAAAAAUGAGUUAUAAGAAUACGGCUCUAUUACGUCAAAUGUUUGGGAUCAUGCGUGCGGUGACCGGUGACAUUCACGGCCUUGUAUAUGUAUAUUUGUUUCAAGUUGUUUCUUGUUUGCAAAAAUAGCAAGAAGAGGAGAAUUAUUACAUUUAAUGAACAAUUAAAACCAAAAAAAAAACCAUACACACAUGUUGGAUGUUGGUUAACCGCAGUAGUGACUAGUGAGGGGGUUGUCGAAGUAAGUUGCUCAUGUUGUCCUAAAGAAUAAACUAAUUAACAGACUUAGCUAGCCAUAAUUACUCGUUAUUUAUUGACUAUUGGUAAUGGAUCAUAUGAAACCGGGACCGUCCUCUGGCAAAAUGGAUUUAGAGAAUGAGUUGACCAAUAAGUUUCUUAGCGGGGAGAUGUCUUUCGCGGAGUACUCGAGCGAGUGGUACGAGCACGACGACGAGGAGGAGGCGGACGCGCGCAGCCCGGAGCAGCCGACGCAGGUGGCGGGCCGUGCGCUCGUGCGCCGCCGCAAGGGCACGCGCCUCACCCCGGCGCUGCUAGGCCUCAUGGGUGAGGCCAACCUGCGCUUCGUACGUGGCGACAAAGAGACAGCUGAAAAAAUGUGCCAUGAGAUCAUCAAGCAGGUCCCUAAUGCGCCUGAACCCUACCAGACGCUGGCACAGAUAUAUGAAAAUGAUCCGGACAAGUCUAUGCAGUUCUCAUUACUGGCCGCCCACUUGAGCCCCUCUGACGCCACCGAGUGGCUUCGACUUGCAGCUCUGUCUAAACAGCGGAAUGAUGUGAAACAGGAGAUGCUCUGCUACACUCAAGCUAUUAAAGCUGAUCCUCACAAUCUGGCUAAUCAUAUGAAAAGACUGGAAUUAUUCAUCACUCUUGAAGAAGCAAAGUAUCCUGUACAUACUCUCAGCUUAUCUCGUGUCAAAUGCUACCAUAAAAUUGCAACAUCCAUGCCCCCCACUGAAGGAGAAACUAUCAUGAAAUAUGCCAAGAUGGCGGCUACUCUGUAUCACAACAACAAUGAGUUGGAGAAUGCUCUGGUGGUCAUGACGGCAGCAUACAACAAGUGUGCUAAUCUCUUCUCCAUGGAGGACACUAACAUUUUCUUAGAGCUUCUCAUUUCCCAGAAGCAAUACCAGACUUGCAUAGAAGUGUUUGUGGCAAAUGCAGGAGUUGAGAUAGAAGCAGAAAUACAAACCAUAGAGAAUGCUUAUCACAUGCUUGAGGAGCAAACAAACUAUUUGAAUUGCACUUUACCCAACAGCCUGCCUAUUGAUUUGAAAAGCAAGUUACUUGUAUGCUUUAUUCAUCUCGGAGCCACUAAUCUUGUGGAGACGUUGCUUGAAGACUUUCUGACCAAUGAUGUGGAGAAAGCUGGCGAUUUGUACAUGGACAUAGAAGAAGCUCUGUCUUCUGUUGGACUUCACCGUCUAGCUCUCAAACUUCUGGAACCCCUUGUGCAGAACCCCAGCUUUGAUCUCGGGGCAGUGUGGCUCAAACAUGCUGAAUGUUUGUACAAUUUGGGAAGACAAAAUGAGGCGAUAGAUUCUUACUACAAAGUGUUGCAGCACGCGCCACAGCACGCCGAGGCACGCCGCCGCAUUUUCUCCAUCCUGGAGGGUCAGGGCCGCGUCGACGAGGCUCUCGACAUCCUGCAGCAGGACUACAAGUACGUCGUCAGCGCUAGUCUGCUCUAUGAGCAGUGCUGCGCUCUCAAAAAGUAUGGCCAGAUGCUUAAAUACCUAGAAGUUGGGGAAGCUUUACUAUCAAAAACCUUUGUGAGGUUUAGGACACGAGGAAGAACUCAAAAUCGCGCGCAAAAUGAAAGGAGGCGUCGAUCUAAUUCACGAAUUCAGAACAAUGCGUGGAGAAAAUCCUUAGAAGAAUGGAACUUUUUCUUGGAGCUGCUGGAGAUUGCUCGCGAGCACAAGCAGUACUGCGUGCUGCAGCGGCUGACGUUCGGGUCGCUGGUGUCGAAGGCGCUGGCGUCGCAGCGCGGCCGCAGAUCGAGCAACAACUUUCUAACAUCAGGCCGCUAUAUUGUAGCAUUAAAGUAUUUCCUUGAAUACCACGAUCAGCGGCGCGAGCCGAUCUCUGCGUUUCUCAUCGGGAUCACGAUGCUCAUCAUGGCGGCGCAGCGAACCAUGGAUAAGCACCACAAUCUGAUUCUGCAAGGGAUGUCGUACUUGAUCACGUAUCAGCACAUGAGGAAGUGCGACCAAGAGGCGCUGUACAACAUCGGGCGCGCGUACCACAUGUUAAGUAUCAACAACUUGGCUAUAGAGUACUACGAGCGUGCGCUGGCGGCGCCGCCGGCGGCCCGCUGCGCAGUGCACGGCGCCAUUGACCUGCGGAUGGAGGCUGCGUACAACCUGUACCUGCUGUAUAAGGACCAUGCGCCGCAUGUGACGAGUCGCACGAUGUCUGGACCCGAGCCGCUGGCGUUGGCGCCCGAAGGCGAAGCGGUCCCCGCCGAGGACAUGCCAUUCGCGCAGCUCUGUGACUUACUUGAGCGUCUGCACAAGAAGAAGAAAGAACGGCAAGAGCAGGACAAAAUACUAACGGCCUUUUUUGACGAGUUCAGGCUGAAGGCUGCCAGGAUCACUGGGAAAAAGAACUGCAACCUGUUCCCUGUAAUGCGUCUCCUGCUCCCGGCGCUGGACCGCGAGCGAGGCGCCUACCACCUCAAGGAAACCUCUUUAGGGUCCACUCUAGUUCGAGUGCUGGCUCUGCCGCCGACUUCUCCUGAUGCGCUACGCCUGACCAGCUACCGCUCCGUCGGCAACGCGCAGAACCGCCUCGCGCGCCAGUCCGGCUCGCUCACCGUGAAGGACGCCAACGAGGUGCUGGACAAGAUCGCCAACGCGCAGGUCGGGGGGAAGGCGACCGGGGUUGCCUGCUUCGUUCUCAUGAACCGCCUCGCGCGCCAGUCCGGCUCGCUCACCGUGAAGGACGCCAACGAGGUGCUGGACAAGAUCGCCAACGCGCAGGUCGGGGGGAAGAACCGCCUCGCGCGCCAGUCCGGCUCGCUCACCGUGAAGGACGCCAACGAGGUGCUGGACAAGAUCGCCAACGCGCAGGUCGGGGGGAAGAACCGCCUCGCGCGCCAGUCCGGCUCGCUCACCGUGAAGGACGCCAACGAGGUGCUGGACAAGAUCGCCAACGCGCAGGUCGGGGGGAAGGCGACCGGGGUUGCCUGCUUCGUUCUCAUGAACCGCCUCGCGCGCCAGUCCGGCUCGCUCACCGUGAAGGACGCCAACGAGGUGCUGGACAAGAUCGCCAACGCGCAGGUCGGGGGGAAGAACCGCCUCGCGCGCCAGUCCGGCUCGCUCACCGUGAAGGACGCCAACGAGGUGCUGGACAAGAUCGCCAACGCGCAGGUCGGGGGGAAGAACCGCCUCGCGCGCCAGUCCGGCUCGCUCACCGUGAAGGACGCCAACGAGGUGCUGGACAAGAUCGCCAACGCGCAGGUCGGGGGGAAGAACCGCCUCGCGCGCCAGUCCGGCUCGCUCACCGUGAAGGACGCCAACGAGGUGCUGGACAAGAUCGCCAACGCGCAGGUCGGGGGGAAGAACCGCCUCGCGCGCCAGUCCGGCUUGCUCACCGUGAAGGACGCCAACGAGGUGCUGGACAAGAUCGCCAACGCGCAGGUCGGGGGGAAGAACCGCCUCGCGCGCCAGUCCGACUCGCUCACCGUGAAGGACGCCAACGAGGUGCUGGACAAGAUCGCCAACGCGCAGGUCGGGGGAAGGCGAAACCGCCUCGCGCGCCAGUCCGGCUCGCUCACCGUGAAGGACGCCAACGAGGUGCUGGACAAGAUCGCCAACGCGCAGGUCAGGGGGAAGGCGAUACAAACAGACACUGCAGGACACCUAGCCGGGGUUGCCUGCUUCGUUCUCAAGAACCGCCUCGCGCGCCAGUCCGGCUCGCUCACAGUGAAGGACGCCAACGAGGUGCUGGACAAGAUCGCCAACGCGCAGGUCGGGGGGAAGGCGAGAGUACUGGACGAGGCCUUCGGCACAGUAUUCCGUCAGCUGAGCGCCAAGCAACUGAAGUGGUUCCUACGUGUAGUGCUGAAGGACCUCCGCCUGCGGAUAGGCCAGGCGAGGCUCCUGGCUGCCAUGCACCCUGAUGCCCCUGAGUACUAUGACUCUUGCAGCAACCUGCUUAAGACCUGUUCGGAGUUGGAGCCAGGCACGGCGCGCCCUCUGGAGCUCGGCGUGCAAGUGUUCUGCGCCGUCAGCCCCAUGCUGUCAGAGCGCCUCGACGUGACGCGCGUGUUGCGGUUACCACCUGCAGCUUACAUUGUGGAGGAUAAGUUCGAUGGCGAGCGGUUUCAGAUCCACAUGCAAGAUGGCGUGUUCGAGUAUUUCUCCCGCAAGGGCCACGCGUACGGGAACCACUACGGCACCGGAGACGACAACGGUCUGCUGACUCCAAAACUACGAAACGGACUCGAUCCAGGAGUUAAAAGUAUGGUGCUGGACGGCGAGAUGAUGGGCUGGCACAAGCAGCGCCAGGUCUUCGGUAGCAAAGGCAUGUCCUUUGACGUGAAGAAGAUAACCGAAAACUCCGCCUUCCAACCAUGCUUCUGCGCCUUCGACGUGCUCCACUACAACGGACGGAACCUAGCCGGCCCGGCCGGCAGCGGCGGGGCUCCUCUACGGGAACGACUCGCUAUACUGGACUCCAUCGUAACAGACGUUCCAGGAGUGUUGCUGCGAAGCAAGCGCCGUCAAGUCACUGAUCUUUCGGAGGUCCUGGAGGCGCUAAACAGAGCGAUCGAGGACCAGGAGGAAGGCAUCGUGGUGAAAGACCUGGACUCGCACUACCUGGCCAAUCGCCGCAAUGCCGGCUGGUACAAGGUCAAACCCGAGUACACGGAAGGUACGAUGGUGGAACUGGAUUUAGUGGUGGUUGGCGCAGAGGAAGCCAGCGACAAGCGGCGCGGGCGCGCGCGCAGCUUCCACGUCGCCUGCGCGGACGGCGCGCCCGGGCGCCCCCACCGCUGGGUGGUGGUGGGUCGCGUGGCUACAGGCCUGACGUUCGAGCAGCGCGAGACGUUGUGCGCGACGCUGGAGCGCCACUGGGUGUCGAGGAGGGACGCGCCGCCGCCCGCCUGCCUCGUCUUCAACAAGGAGAAGCCGGACUUCUGGGUCCUGCCCGAACAUUCCAUCAUUUUACAAGUGCGCGCGACGGAGCUAAUCCGCAGCACGGACUUCGGCACGUCGCACACGCUGCGGUUCCCGCGCGUCACGGCGGUGCGCGACGACAAGCCCGCGGCGGACGCCAUGCCUCUAGCCGAGUUCAACGCGCUGGUCAAGGACGGGUCGGUGGUGAAGCUCAGCAAGCGGCCGGUGGCGGCGGCCGCGCUGGAGCCCGGAGCCGCGCCGCGCCGCAAGCGCACGGCGCGGGCGGAAGUGCCCGCGCAGUUCCGCACGCAACCUGUGCAGGACGUCGAGGUGGUGUCCGCGGCGCUGAGAGGGCGAGAGAUCUGCGUGCUGUCGGGCGACGAAGUCAGCAGUAAGGCCGACCUCGUGCGUUUGGUGCAGUCUCACGGCGGCCGACACGUCGAGAACGUAGGUCUGUUACUACUCAUCACAUUACAAUAAUCGGUAUUCAUACCUCAACAAAUAUUCUGUGUA